UUUUCUAUCUCUCUUCUUCGUGUGUCUGGCUGCGAUGUGCACCGCCCUAUAGACAGAAGCAGACGAUUGGUUGCGUCUAUAUUCAUUCACAUCCGGGAUAUUGGGCGACGAUAAUUUGAAUAAGUACCAAUAACCGAUCAUUUCACCCAAAACAGGGGUCAGGAGUCUGUAACAUCAGCAUUCGUCUUGUACAUAUUGUUGAUGAAGGUUCUGGCCAGACCUCGCCACAAAUUGUACUCAUGGACAUGGAAGAUCCAAGUCUGAAAGACCAGUCUGUGAUAUUGCUUGAGAGUGAUGAAGAACAAGAAGAAUUUCAACCAGAGGUCAUAGAUCUUGCUGAUGAUGAUGAUGGUGAAGAUGAUAGCAACAAUGAAGGGAGAGUCUCUCCUGUAGAAGUCAUUGAAGAAAAGGUUCCAGAUGAUGCCAUAGUCGAGAAUCAGCGUUAUCUAGAGUUCUUGAAGAACUGGAGCCAAUCCUCUUCGAGUCACUGUGGCAGACCAUUAAAUGAGAGAAAUCAUAAUCAGCCAAAAUCCACUGAAGUGGACCUUAACGAGUCUCUGGACGAGGUACAACUAGCAUCAGAUGACACAGACGAUCCCGAUAUUCUUGUGACGUUCGAGUCACACGUCAAAACCAGUCCUCUUUGCAAUGUGCCUCCCAAAGAACCGUCAUUCUUCAGUGUCGUUUCCUGGAAUAUUGACGGCCUUGAAGAAGAAAACUUGAGAAACAGAAUAAAGGGAGUUGUGGAAGUGCUAAAGAAAGAGGCACCUGAUGUUGUAUACUUGCAGGAAGUUAUUCCUGCUACUUUUACAUACCUAAAAGAGAACCUUCCACAGUACAUGUUUCUAGCAGGAGAUGAUGAUGGUUACUUUACAGCAACAUUGUUAAAGACGUCAAGAGUCAAUUAUGAUCAUCAUAUGGUACUUCCCUUUCAUAACACUGUUAUGGAUCGCAAUCUUCUGUGUAUACAGGUACACAUCGGUAAUGUCAAGCUCAGUUUAUUAAAUACCCACUUGGAAAGUUUGAGAGAAUAUUCUAAUAAAAGAAAAGAGCAAAUGAAAAUCUGUUUUGAAAAGAUAAAAUCAUCCCCAUCCAGUGUGACUACCAUUUUUGGUGGGGAUUUAAAUGCAAGAGAUCAUGAGGUGGAUGCAACGAAAGAUACAAGUAUCUUGGAUUUGUGGGAGGUCUGUGGGAGAAGACCUGCCAGUUGUUGGACAUGGAAUAUGGCCGAAAAUACAAAUAAAACGAUACCAAAUAAACCCAAGUGUAGAUUUGAUAGACUGUACAUAAAACAGUCAUCACUUGAUCACAUCAGGCCAGACGAAUUUAGACUUAUUGGAAAGGAAAAGGUACCGGGAAGGCCAUGUUUUCCCUCAGAUCAUUGGGGCAUCUUUGUCAACUUUAAGGUUUUGUGAUGAAGCCUGCAGUCACCUGAUGUUAAUGAUUCAUCAGAUGAUAUUGGAACAAGUUUAAUUUAAAGCUGCUGAUCACCAGAUGGUCUUCUCCAGCCCUUCGUCAUUCAUAAUGCUCGCUCUCUGCUGCACUGUGGUCUGUCUUAACAGUGUGGCACACCUUUUUUUAAAAUGUCCUCCUCUUUUGUUAUUGUCCAUGUUUCUGUGGUGUUGAGUCAUGCAGUUUUCCAUUUAGACCUAGCCUGAAUAGCUGUUACUGCCGUGGUUAGUAACUGCCUUAAAAACCUGUAGUAGUUUCCUGAUCAUCAUUUCUUUUAGAUGUAAAGUAUAUUUAUUACUAGUAAAUGUAAAUAGUUAAUUAAUUUAUAUUUAUUACUAGUAAAUGUAAAUAGUUAAUUAAUUUAAUUGUAAUUUUCACUUGCAAAGAUGAACUAUUUAUAUAGUAUAUUGCAGCAAAGAUUACCUAUUUAUAUAGUAUAUUGCAACUUUUGUCUUUAUUGAAAAACCAUAAAGAUUUGUAAGAGAGUUUAUUUUAUGGGGGAAUUAUUGUAAAGUGGUUUACUGAGACCACUGGAGUCCCAGAGGGUGCAACUUGGAAGGUGAAAACAAGUAAAUGUAUUGCAGGUUGUAUUGUAAAGAAUGAAAGUAUUAUUUCAAAUGUCAUUUGUGAGGGUUUUCUUUCACAUAGAUAUUGGUUGUGUCUGCUGUUGAAAUUUUGUAAGUUUUGCAUUAAUUCUAAAGUAAAGCAGACUUCUUAUUGAUGGGCCUGAAUUCUCUCAAAUGUGAGAUUUGGUUUGUUGUUGUACUGUGUAGGGGGAUCAUUGAGAUGGUGCUAAUAUCUUUUGGUGUAAGUGUUAUUCACUAGUACGUACUCUUUAUUAGGUUUAACAUUUUAGGUAAUAUUGCUUAUCCUGUAAUAUGAGGACAUGAAAUUGUAGCGAUAAAGUUUUGAAAUUUUAUUCGUUCUGUUUAUUAUGAUUUUUAUUUAGUUCUAGUUAUUCAUGUUGGAUUAUGUGUCUCUGUUUAUCUUUAAAAUGUAAUAUGUUUUACAUUGUUGACUCAGUUUAUUGUUACUUUCCCCUUUUGGUAUUUUUUUCUAACACGAAACAGAGCAUAUUUCAAUUUUAAGUUUUGUCUUUACUGAAUUGCUGUCGUGUGAAACUGUUAUGCCUCUUAGAUUUCCAGUCAAAAAAAAUCUUGAUAAGAAUGAAAAUAUGAGAGGUGUAACAGUUCCAGAUUAGGUGCUAGAAAUCCAUUUUUGGAGUUUUUUUUUUUAAACUGAAGCUUAUGGGAUUAGCAACCCUGGUGCCUUACUUAGUCUAAUUUUGAUGAAAAUAUGGGCCUAAACUCGAGGAAGUGUAGCUCUGCCUUUUUAGAACGACAGAAUGUUGUAGGAGAUAGGAGCAAUGGAGCCUUGAAGUCCCAAGUUUGGUAGUAGGAGGAAAGAAUCACUAGACUAUAUAGGCUCUAAAUUAUUGAGUUCUACAGAAGCAAUCCUUUACAUUUUACAAUUCAAGGUCAACUAUCUUAGUGUAUAAGUUGAGGUCAACAAUUUUAGUGUAGUAUAAAUGGAGAGAGAUCCCAUGCCAUUUUUCUUGUUAAAUGCCGCAUUUACUUGAUAAUAUAAAUUCUCCAAGGAAUUUUACAUGUCAUUGAAAAGUGAGAUCCUGAAGUAAUUGUUGUAAUUAUAUUAGAAUCUUUAUGCUUGUAGACUUGUACUAAUAUUAGUGUAAAGCCUCUGAAAUCUUGAGAGACAAAUUCUUUUCUCAACAGUUAAAUUAUCACAUAAAACUUCAAAAAUUAUGACAUUAAAAAAUUAAACCUCACAAGGCAAUCUAUUGAUUCCAGGAUAUCUAUUAUUGGAAAUUUUGUAGAUUGUCACUUCAGCUGUAUUUAAAGUAACCAUGUAUGAUCUACGUACCUUUUCAAAUUGAAUGUCUUGCAUAACAGCAUGGUCAUUUUCAGAAAUUAUUGUAAGAUAAUAUAUGCUCCUCUUUGUCGUAAUUAUGGGUUUCCCUCAAGAUCCAGCAGUUGGGUAAAAAGUGUUUGUUGAGAGCAACAUUUGUUUUUUCAUCAUUCAGUUCUUUGGAAUGGGUGUCACUUACAUUAUACUGUGCUUGACACACUAGAUCCGUUUGAUUUUGAUAGUACUCAGGUGUUUUGCUGCCUCCCUGCAGAUACUGAGCUUUAUGUUCACAUCUUCUACCUAUUGUCUUUCCUCUUCUGGCUGUCCAUAAUUUUUCAACUUGACUGUGACCCAGCUCUCACCUUUUAGUUAAAAACAAACCCUCUGUAUGAGCUCUUAUUAGAGUCUGCAAAUGUGACUUAGUGGUCUCAUUAAUUGUGUCUAUUUUCUUGAAUGGUACCUGUGAGUAACAUCAAAAGAGAUGGUUGGAGUAGAUUUGCGAUGUUAGAAGGUUGAAGGAAUAGAUUUGUUGCCUUACAAGAAACAAUAGAAGUAAAAUAGUUCAUCAAAAAAAGCAGUAGCAAUCUCAAGAGCAAAUGUAUUUUGAAAUCCUGCAGAUAGGAUGGCCAAACAUCAGAGUAAGGAAAGACAAUCCUUAAUAGAUCUUGCCUUAUUGAAGUUAUUUUUUGAUGCAGCUUAAAAAUGUAACAAUCUUCAUAGAAUGUGCCCAGUAGGAUUUCUUCUUGAAUGUGGGGUGAUUUUAGAAGGCAUAGAAGAAGCAGGAGUUGUAGCAGUAGGAGUGGGAAAUUAAUUACUUGGUAGCUCUCACCUGGGUGGCUUGAACAUCAGAUGUGUAUGGAAAGCUGGGUAUGGUCAUACCAUGUGUGUGUAUUUUCUUUGGGAGUGUUUUCCUAAUAUAUUUAAGUCAUGUUAGUUGUAAAUAAAAUUAAAUGAGGAUGCAUGGAAUGCAAUCACUUUAAGUUUGUUUUUACUGUGUGAUUUAUGAAAUUGAAUUUUAUAAGCUUGAUACUUCAGACUUAUCAAAAGAGUUGUAAUUAUUGCAUAAAGUUAUUUCAUUUUAGGUUGUGUUUUGAAUUAGUGCACUACUUGUAUUUAAAUUCUUAGCAAGAAUGUUUAAAUAUACUCUGCAUUUUUACCAAUAUCAUCAAUGUAUUUUUACCUAUCAAGGUUUAUUACACAAGAAAAUUGUCUAAUCUAUCUUCAUCUGUUAAUUGUGGUUCAUUGUAGUCUACAAAUAUUAUAAAACUGCUGUGAUGUAAUGAUGGCAAUGUCGUGUGUAUACCCAAACCUAAUGAGCAUAAUUUGAGUCAAUUAAUAAUGGGAAUUCAUUAGCCUAGGAGUGUUGAAAUUCAUUAAAAGUUUUAAAAACUGGCCUGUGAUUUUAGAUUAGAGUGUUGUACGAAUUACUAAUAGGAGGUCUUUUAGGAUUAGGAUAUCAGAAUCUGGCAUAAUGAAGAGUGAAUUUAAUCAAAGUUUGUACUUUUCUCAUUUAAUGACUAUAAUGCUGUGCAGUGUUUUAUUCAGUGAACAAACCGGUUUAUUGUAAGUUCCUAACUUACCCUAACUAGCCUUUUUGCCAGUCUAGGUAAAGAGACCAAACUGAAGUCUCAUUAAAAAAACUAAUGUAGCAGUUCAUGUGGUAACUAAGACUUUAAAGAAAGUGAGAUAAGGAGCUUCUUAUCUCACUUUAUUUAAUCUUUAUAUUCUCUUUGCUUGGUUUUAUGAUGGUUGCAACCCUUUUUGGAAUGCUUCAAGUAGGGAAGUUGUUUUAUCCAAUCCUAUCAGCUGUAUUUUUACAAUCGCUUACUGUUGUUAUUGUAGAAGUGGUUUCUGAUUAGUUACUGCUUCAGUUUCCAAUUGAAUAAACAUUAAAUAUAUAAGAUUUCAUAUCCUUGAUGAUGCAUCAUUAAGGGGAUAUGCGAGACUCGCAAGAUUGUUAUACUAGCUACUUCAUGCUCACAUGUAAACUCUGAUAUCCCAGGAAGAGUAGAAAAAAGGGCUUCAUUUAAUAUUCAUCUGUGAAUUUUAUAUUCAUAAUUUAGUGAGUGUUGAGAAGGACAGGGAAGAAGAUGCUAUGCUAUAUCUAGUAAGUUCCCUUUACUAUUAUUUGAAGAGAAUCAUAUAUAGAAUAGUCAAUUCAAAGCUGUCCAUAUCCAGCAUGUUAGUGCAUCAGCUAUCUCAUGAUACAAAAUCUUGCUUUGCACAGUGUCAUUACCAGGGGAAAACAUUGUAGUCCCAGAUAGGAUAUGUUCUCUGUGAGGUCAGUGUUCAUCAAGAUAGCUUUUUCUCUUUUAACUGUACUUCUGUACCGUUCAGGUUGUUGAAGACAUGGUAGUCAACUUUCACCAUUUUAGCAUGGGGACUUAAAAUUAGUAUUUUACUUAUUGGCUGACUGUUGAUUUCUUGGGCCCCAUUGCUGCUCACACCGGCUGGAAGUUUCUAAGCAUUGUUUCUUUUGUUGCUCCUUGCUCGUUUUACCCCACUAUGACCUUGCACCAUAUUACUAAGGCAUAUUUCAAAUUGAAUGCUUUCGUGCUUUGCAUUUGACCAGGAAGGGUCAUUUCAGUUUUCAUAGGUAUGGAAAUACCUGUAGGUUAUAGUUUAUGGUCCAUUUGUUUCACAUAUGUUACACUAUAAAUUUUGCAUUGUCACCAGAGUCUGGACUUUGAUGUGGUCAUAAAUUCUUAGCUGUUAUUGAAUAUGGUUUGUUGCAGCUUAUCAUAAGGUCUUAUGCAAUAAAGGACCUCAUGAUUAAUAUACUUCUGAGAGGUAUUCAUUUAUGUCCAUUUGCUGACGUGCAGGCGUAACUAGGUUUUGAGCUUCUGCUGUUGUAAAUAAAGCUUUUACAUUUGGUACCAAAUAUCCUCAGAGAUGUUACAUGUGGAAGAAGAGGUCAGAUAGCAGUUGUCUUUAUGGAAGACCUGUUAUUAUUAUUAAUAGGGCUUAGUUUUUCCAGACCUCUGAGUCCCAAGUAGACUUUUCUUGGGCUGGUUUUCAGGGAUUAAUCCUGAGAAAAAAAAAAUUUUAAUUUAAAAAAAAAAUUAAAAAGAAAUAAAAUUUCAAUAAAUAAAUAAAAAGAAUAAAAUUUACUUUAUUUGAGAAACCUGUCUUAUUUAAAAAAGUAUGAUGUUAUUAAUUGAAAAAUCUUUGCUUUCAGCAAGAAUACUUUUCAUUUUUUAAUUGCGUAGAUAAAUAGAUCUUUGCUGGGUCCAAUUUGGGCACUCGACAAGUAAAUGCUGGACUGUCAUGGGUGUGUGACAUCUAUUACACUUUAUUGGGUCAGCAUGUGGUGUUGACAUCAAGUGACCAUGCGAGAAUCUUGUGUGUCCUAUACGGAGCCUUGCUGGGAUCACCUCUUUCGAUCUUUCCUCCUAUGAGGAUGUCCUCCAUGCAUACACUUCAGUUUUUAUGUUUUUAAGUUUAUUUGUUGUUGGCUCUAAAUCAAUGGUUUAACAGAUGUUAUCCAGUCUGACACUGGGGCAUAUGAAAUUGUUGGAGGGAUAGUGCAGGCUGAUUUGGCAGCUGAGUCUGCAUUUUCAUUUACUUUUAUUCCCACAUGUGCUGGGAUCCAACAUAUUUCUAUUGAUAAUCCUGAUUGGAGGAGUUGAUGAAUUUGUAUUUGUAUUUCCUGCACCAUUUGGUUUACUGAUUUAUAUGGUCUUAUAGCAUCUAUAGCGCUACACGAGUCACUGAAAAUAACACACACACUUGCUUUUGUCUGAGAUAUCAUAUCAAGAGCCAUCUGGCUUUGACUUCAGCAAUAAAUACUGAUGAUAUUAAAGGUAGGCUUCUUUUGAUUAACAUAUUUUUCGAAUGUGCAGAUGCUCGUACUCCAACAUUAUUUUUGGAGCCGUCUGUAUAUAUCAUAAAUUUGUUUCCUUUUCUUCUAAUGUGCUCCAAAGAAUGUUGGCGGUACAUUUCUGUACUUCUCAUUUGCUUUUUGAGUAGGUAAGACAGGGAGGUACAUAGUAUCUUUAUUCGAAGACCUGAAUAUCAAUAGUCUUUGUAGAGGGGUUCAGAAGCUGUUCUCUUCAUAUUUAAAGGAUUUUUUUUUUCUUUGAAUGAAUGUAUUUAAAACUUUUGUGAAAAUCUUCAUACAGAUCUCCUGUGAUUGUUUCAGAAACAUUGUCUUUUGGGUUUUACCAGCUGGGCAAAAUAGUGCGAGACAGCUGGGGAGACAAAAACCUUCAUAGAGUAGGUCUGAUAUAAGAUAUUAAUCCCUUCACUUGGCUCUUAUCAUUAAUUCAAGCUCAAACUCUUAGCUUAGACUGGCAAUGAAGAGCAGUUGGUCUCCAUCUAUGAUAAUAAAAUGUUUCAAAUGUUUGAUCAUCAGUUUACGACUUCCUACUUAUGCCUUUCUAGAACUCAAAAAUAAGAAUUGUUUUGAGCUAAAUGUUGGUUUCAUCUAGUACUGAAUGCUUCUCAGAACUAGAUGAUGUUGGUCACUGGUUUUUUUACACCAGAGAAAAUUCAUCCUUUAGCUUUUUCAAAAUAAGUUUUUCCAUCAGGGCAAGGUGUUAUAUGCUUUAUGAGCAAGUUGACUUAUGUUGUGAUCCUAGAUUACGUGAGCUGUAUAGACCAUGCUUAAAUUUUAGGAAAAAUAGGUCGCUACUGUACUAUUACUAUUCUUUCAGCAAUGUACACAUGAAAUUUGCAGCAAAAGUAGACAUUCACUUGUGGCUUGACUGGCAGCGUUGUGUAGUGUGUAAGUGUUUUGUGUGUCUUUGUAAACUUUUUGUGUGAUCAAAGUGUGUUUGUUUCUAUGGGAAUGAAUAUACCAUCACCUUUUAUAUAGGAGCCCUCAUUAGAGCAAGCUGGAAUCGGUUGUUGAAACUUUGUAAUAAGGUAGUUAACUGGUGAUUAAAAGGUGGUGAAUGGGGAACACCCCUCACCCAUUUGUCAUCACCAAGCACUCUUUCUUAACCUGUCGUCAAGUUCGGAAAUAUUCCAGUGCUUAUACUGACUUUUAAGUUGGAGUGAGCAUUUUUUUGUUUUUGUUUACAUAGAAAAUAUGGAUGUACUUUCUGCUGUCAGGAAGGUUUUGGUAAAGUAGGUAAAGUCACUAUGGACAUGUUGCUGCCCAGCAGCAGUAAGGAGUGACUUGUCAAACAGUCUUGGAAUUUUUGCAAAUCUAACAGUGCUUCUUACCUUCCCAAAGUGGUGAUGUACUGAUGCAGUCUCCUCUGACCAGAUACCCAAGAUGAACAAGCUGCUCAGGUGUGCGUCCUGAUCCUUUUCUAGUGAAGCUGUGCACAAAUGUAUUACAAAACGUGCGAGGAGUCUCUGUGUCCAGCUACCAAGCAAGAUCUUUUGGUCUCCCUGCUCAUGGAACAAGAUGAGAGUGAGGAUUGCCUAGAGCUGAUCUGUGCCACUGUCACCAAAGUAAGCGCAGAGAGUGUCAUCUGUGCAGGAGGAUCAUUCUUUAAAUAAUAUGACUGAGUUCUCAGUGUCCUGCUCUCUGGUGUCAUUUCCCUGUUGGCCCAACAACAUUGUGGACUCUCAAAUCUUUACCCCCACUCUCUCUCUCUUCUAUCUGGCACUCAAGUAAGUGUACUCAUAGGACUGCAUGGGCUCCAUGAGAAACUACUGAAAUAUCAGUCUCCCAUCCAUGGAAAGUGGAACCUUGUCUGGGUUGAUGCAGAGGACCGUCUCAAUAAUUAGAGCUUUCAUUCACUGGAUAAUGAGAUCUUUUGGUGCUUUUUCAUUCAGUGCAGCAUGGUUCUUCAUGUCUACCUUUGAUGAAUCAAAACUUCUCUGUCAUUGAGUCAGGCCUCAGACUGAAAGGUUUAUGUGGAAUUUUUGGCUGUGGAAGAACUGUCAUUGUCAGUCAGGAGCUUCGAGCAGUCUUGCCUUCUCAGGGUUUCAGCCCAAUUGGGAAGUUGUAACUCAUCCUACAUAUCCUCGCUUGAUACAGACCUUGGACAGAGACCUCACCUGCAUGACUGUUGUUCCUCGAUGAAACAUAUUGGCAAGUAUCACUGUGUGUUAUCUGGUAUUCAUAGAGUUGUAAUUCCUCUAUCGAGUGUUAAUUUCUGGGUUUGUGGUUUAAGUUCAGGUGGUCUGAAUGAGAGGUUUUUUGCCCAUUGUUGAGCCAUAUAUGCUACUGAAGUACGAUCCGACCUCCUAUGCCAGUGUUGGCGCCUGUUGUACCGGCAAACAAGAAGUAGAAACACCUUUCUGGAUUUGUAAUAUAUCAAACAAGCUUACAACACUUCUGAUGAGUGGACAGUUGUGUACAUAUCUAGCAAAGUCUCUGGAAGCAUUGGGAUAUUAAAGCAUUCCUGGUGUCUGAAGUAUUAUGUCACCCUUACCUCAUCCUACCUAAGGGACUUCCCCCACAGGUUCCCAUACUCCCUUUUUGUGGGGCUUCUGGUGGCUGCUUUGCAGGAGGUUAUGUAGGCAUCCAGCUCCUGUGGGACAGAAAAGCAGUGUGAUGCUCUUCUCUCUCACAGGAGCUGGAUGCCUACACAGCCUGCAGAGCAGCCACCACUAGCCUCACAGAAA